UCCUGGUAGCGUCUACGUCUGGACUCGAACUCGCAGCCUCUGACUAUGAUGGACCGACAUAUGGUGUCAGCUUCAGUCGCCGCUAGACCGAGGGCUGUAUACAGCAUUGACCAGAUACUAGGCAACAAUAGACCAGAAGAAGCUAAGGACGUGUUGAGCGUCUCGGAGUUGGACGCUGGCGGAUCUGCGCCAGAGGACUGCGGCGCAGGAACUGACGAUGACGUCAAACCGCGCAAGAUCCGGCGCAGUAGGACCACAUUCACAACCUACCAACUGCACCAGCUGGAGCGAGCCUUUGAGAAGACUCAAUACCCAGACGUCUUUACAAGGGAAGAGCUGGCGAUGAGGCUGGACCUUAGUGAAGCUAGAGUACAGGUGUGGUUUCAAAACCGUCGAGCGAAGUGGCGCAAAAGGGAGAAAGCGUUAGGACGAGAAACUUCAGGCUACAUGCAUCCGGACCAGGCGCAAGGUUUCCCGCCAGAAUUGGUUCACGCACAGCUGGGUAUGCCAUCCCUGGCUCCAGACCCUUUCUGGCCUGCCCUAGGGUUCAAUCCUGCCGCGAUGUUUGGUCUCUGGAACAAGACUAGUGCUGCGCCCCUACACAACCUCCUGUCCCACUACAUGCUAGGGGGUGCCAUCCCCGUGCUGGGGGCGUCCUUCCCCCCUCCACCAGACCAUCCCCCGACCCCUAGUCCCCCUGGGUCCCCUUCGGCGUCUCCUGACUCCAGAACUUCCAGCAUUGCCGCUCUCCGUCUCCGCGCCAAGGAGCACCUCCUGGAUAGGCGACUGGGAGUAGCAGGACCUUCGGACACGUCACCGUCACCCUCCGCCCACGAGACGUAGGAAGUGAUAAGAGGGGUGUUUUCAAGGUUUUAAACGGUUAAUGUCCGAGUACACAAAUAAGUUGUUUUUAUUGAGAAACGCUUUUUAAAUUGCGUAAUAUAUGUUUGAAAUAUUUAUCAUUGA